AUGCAAGACGAAGACAGAUACAUGACAUUGAAUUUCCAGUUGAAAAAAAGGAAUUCAAUCCAAACAUCCCAACUUAAAUUUAAAGAUUGUUCUGUGAUAUUGCACUGGUAUAAAAUCUUGUUGGGAAUAUCUGGAACAGUAAAUGGUAUUCUGGUUUUGACUUUGAUCUCCCUGACUCUGUUGGUUUCUCAAGGAGUGUUGCUAAAAUGCCACGAAGGAAAUAAUUCAAAUAUGAGCCAACAUGAUGAUAUUGGAAACCUGGAAAUGAAUAGAGAUGCAAGAGGAAAUAUAAGUAAAAAAGACUCAGACCACUGUGUUUCAAGAGCUGCAGAAAGAAUGGGAUUGUGCCCAUCAGAAUGGCUCAAAUAUCAAGAAAAAUGUUAUUGGUUUUCUAAUGAGUUGAAAAGUUGGAAUGACAGUUACAGGUAUUGUUUGGGAAGAAAAUCUCAUCUACUAAUCAUUCAGGAUCAACUUCAAAUGGCUUUUAUACAGAAAAAUCUAAAACAAUCAAACUACGUGUGGAUUGGGCUUAACUUUACCUCCCAGAAGAGGACAUGGACCUGGGUGGAUGGUUCUCCAUUAGAUUCAAAGAUAUUCUUCAUAAAAGGACCAGCUACAGAAAACAGCUGUGGUACCAUCAAGGAAAAGAAAAUUUACUCUGAAACCUGCAGUAGUGUUUUCAAAUGGGUUUGUCAAUAUUAGAAUUAAAAAAAAAUUGAUAGUGGAAUAAUCAAUGAUUAAAAGAUUUGCCUAUUAGUCUCUAAUAUCAAUCUUCAGGAAUAAGAAUUUAAAACUGUAAUUAAACACCAAAUUCUCUUCUCCAUUUUCCCUCUAUCAUCUACUUUGGUCCCAGCCUCAGAGUAACCAUGUUAAUAAUCUAAAAUAUACCUUUUUGAUUUUGUGAUAAUAUAAUCUAGUGUAAAUCCAUGCAUUUAUGUUCAGGAUUUUUAUUCCUUUCUUUUUUAUUUACAAUGUUAUUAAAUUCUGUCU